AUGAGCUCCAUGCAGUCAAACUCUUCAGCAAACCUGACCUUUGUUCGUCCUGCAACAUUUUUCCUCAGUGGCCUUUCUAAUGUUCCACAUGCAAAAUACUAUUAUGUGUUCUUGUCUUUAGUGUAUGUUGUGACAGUUUUGGGGAAUUCAUUUAUCAUGUGUAUCAUUUAUUUAGCUCGCAGACUUCACACAGCCAAAUACAUUGCUGUUUUCCAUCUGGCCUUUUCUGAUCUGUGUGGAAGCUCAGCUUUGAUUCCAAAAGUCAUGGACACAUUUUUAUUUGACCACCAGGACAUUUCAUAUGAAGCAUGCAUGGCUAAUAUGUUUUUUGUACUUCAUUUCAUGAAUCUGCAGUCUUUGACACUGCUUGCUUUGGCUUAUGACAGACUGAUUGCUAUUUGUUUUCCUCUUCGGUAUCAUGCCAUUAUAACCAAAUCAGCAAUGUUUCUGAUCAUCGGGGUGAUGUGGAUUUUUUCUGUGACAUUUUUUUUAGUAGUAGUUGGUUCAGUCAGCAGAAUCUCUUUUUGUAUAUCUAAUGUAAUUGAUACAUACUACUGUGAUUUUGCCCCGAUCUAUAGACUAGCUUGCAAUGAUAAUUCUGUGAAUAUUUUGAUGGGAAAAUUAUGCUUUGGCAUUCUGAUUUGCAUGCCUCCAAUUCUAAUUUUUGUCUCAUACUUCUGUAUUUCUCUGGCUCUUCUUAAGAUUGCUCAUGGUGUUGACAGAAACAAAGCCAUCAAAACAUGCACCUCACAUCUCAUGUUGGUGGCAAUUUUUUACCUUCCAAUUUUAAGCAAUAAUAUUGCAUAUGCAACCACAUACAUAAAUCCAAAUGCCCGGUUAAUUAAUAAUUCUCUGACCCAGACAAUACCACCCAUGCUGAAUCCCAUCAUAUACACUCUGAAGACAGACGAGGUCAUGCAGUCCAUAAAAGAACUGUACAAACGCAGCAGGGUUUAUGCGACUAUGGAAAGAAAUAUGAAAUGCCAUGGAAUCAAAUGA